UCUAAAAUAUAAGUUUAGUUGCUAACUAUCUCUGUGCGGCAGUAUUAUAAACAAUUUAAUUAAAACAUAUUUAUUUUGAAUAAAAAAAAUAAUCUGGAAAGAUGCAGUAAUUUUUCUACUCAGUCGCUGGCAAUAAAGAGUGCAAAAAUAAUUUCAGAAUUUGUUGUAAUGGCGGGGUUUGUCGCAGUUCACACUGGAGCUGGUAAUUGUAUUGAUGAAACAAAAUACCAGCGUGUUAUUAAGGAAGCUUGUGUUCGAGCAACAGAUAUACUAAAGAAUGGAGGUUCGGCCAUGGACGCUUGCGAGGCAGCAAUAGUUCGCCUUGAGAAUUGUGGCAAUACGAAUGCCGGAUUUGGGUCUAACCUUUGUUGGGAUGGUCGAGUGCAAUGUGAUGCAUCUAUAAUGAAUGGUUCAAAUUUACACUUUGGAGCUUGUACUAACGUCAGCACUGUACGAAAUCCUAUACGAUUGGCUCGAUUAUUAUGUGAUGGUCAAUCAACUAUGCUAUCAAUGGAACGAAUACCACCAAUGGUUAUGGCGGGAAGCGGUGCAGAAAGAUAUGCAGAAGAGCUGGGUUGUACUAUGAUCGACCCAAAUGCAAUGAUUUCUUCCAAAGCAAAACUUUCAUAUAACCAUUAUAAAUCUAAAAUAUCGGCAAUAACAUCUGCUGCUGAAGCACCUACUUCAUCAGUUGUUCCGACUCAAGUCAGUGCACUUGAUACUGUGGGAGCAGUGUGUGUAGAUAGUGCCGGUAAUACCGCUGCUGGUUGUAGCUCUGGUGGCUUAUUACUUAAAGUACCGGGCCGAGUUGGACAGGCAGCUACUUAUGGCGCAGGGUGUUGGGCAACUAACACAACAGACACCUCCGUGGCCACUUGUACAACGGGAAAUGGUGAAUAUUUAAUGAAAACUUUAUUAGCAAAAGAAAUAUGUGUAGAUUUGUUGACAAGCGAUUGUGCCGUAACGAGUUUACAUAAAAGCUUGAAAAGUAAAUUUCUGGAAUCGCCAUUCCUUCCCGUUGACCAAGAAUUGUAUGCCGGAGCCCUUUCGCUUAUUUACUAUCCCCAUGGCAAUACCGGGGAAGUAUUAUGGAGUCACACAACAAAAUCAUUUUGUGUUGGCUACAUGUCCACGCAACAAAAAGCACCAAAGUUCAUAUAUUCCCCACUGCCAACGUAUAGUAUAGCGGGAAGAUCAUGUGUAGUCAAUGGGCAUAAUUUCCAUUUGCGCGUAUAAUCGCCGCCUCAGCUGCCAUAGCUUGCAUUAAUGAUGACAGCAUUUAUUGUGAGUGCUGGCGUAGCAUAUAUUCAACAUUCUUUAUUUAUUUUCGAAUAUUUUCGUGUACAAAACAAAAUGUUUAUAUACAUAUACUAAGAAAGCACAAUUGUGAUCAAGAA